GGGAGGGUGUCCUUCUCUUUCUGUCCAAACCUUUUUUCCCCCCUUCACUCCGGACCCUGCAUCUUUUAUCAGUGACCUUAUCACUGCCUUGCUCAUCCGCCUUCCUUCGGGAGGAGCUGGAAAAGCCAGCAAGGGACGUUUACCAGGAGAAUAAUGACCAAAAGUCCAUCUUGCAGUCAUUUGACAUAACCUUACUUUAUUUUCAAAAGCAAACGCAGUGGAAUACAACUCCUCCAGCUCAGGGUGUCUUUGUGUUGCAUUGGUAAUUGAAGAUGAGGAGGCACUGGCUUUUACCGCUAUGUGCCCUUCUGGGGGUCCUGUUUACAGGAUUCCUCCCCAAACUUGAAGCUCAGGAAGCACAAGAUUCAGCUGACCUAGUACUCUUAAUUGAUGGAUCAGAGAACGUUGGAGCAGCAAACUUCCCCUAUGUGCGUGAUUUGGCUUUGAGAAUCAUUGAGCGCCUUGAUGUGGGCAGAGACACAAUUCGCGUGGCCUUGGCCCUGUACAACGACAGCCCAGACAUUAAGUUCUAUCUAAAUAGCUUUGACAGCAAAACAUCAGUCCUGCAAGCAGUGAAGGGCCUCGCCUACUCAGGGGGCACUGAAUCUAACCUGGGGGCGGCCUUGGAAGAAGUGGCUGAGAGCCUUUUGAGCCAAACAACUGGGGGCAGGGCAGAAGAGGGUGUGCCCCAGAUGUUGGUGGUUAUCAGUGCUGGGCAGUCCACUGAUGAUACCGGUGCUGGUGACCGGUCCCUUAAGAGGGCUGGUGUUAUCACAUUCGGUGUGGGGAUUGGUGAUUCUGCCCCUGCAGAUCUGGAAGCAGUUGCUACAGAUCCAAGUUUUGUCCUGUCAGCCCCUGAGUUCAGAACAGUGGCAAACAUGGGUGACCAGCUCUUGCCAUACAUUAACGGGGUUGUCCAGCGCACCAUUAUAGUUCAGAAUGAGGUCAUGGAAGCCUUGGCAGUUGGAAAGAGAGACAUUAUCUUCCUCAUUGACAGCACAAUGGGUUCAACAGUCAUCAAUUCCAUUCGUGAAUUCAUCAAGCGGUUUGUUAGCGCCAUGCCGAUUGGUCCAGAUGAAGUGCAAGUUGGUAUAGCCCAAUUCAGUAAUGCUCCCCGCCUUGAGAUGGAUCUGAACUCCCAUGCAUCCAAGGAGUCACUAACUUCUGCACUGGGAAGAAUCAGGGCAAGACCUGGGCAGACAGUCAACAUUGGAGCAGCCUUGGACUUUGUGCGGACAAACAUGUUACGACCUGAGAAGGGCAGUCGAAUGCGAAGUGGGGUUCCUCAGCUUUUACUGCUGAUGACCAGUAAAAAGUCCAGUGACAGUGUGCAAGAACCAGCCAGGUCUCUGCAGCAGAUGGGGGUGUUGACUCUGGCUGCCGGCUCCAAGGCUGCUGACGAGGACGAGCUGAAACAGAUCGCAUUCGCUGACAGCGUUGUGUUCAUGCUGAGGGAUUUUCGUGUAUUGCUUCGAAACCCAAUGCAAAUCACUAAUGCACUCUCGACUCUGGCAGGAGGGCUGGUGACUGAAGGACCCACUGAGACAGUUGUGGAAAUAACCACCGUGCAGACCCAAAAAGUUGUCCGUGACAUUGUCUUCCUUGUUGAUGGCUCUACCUACAUUGGCAGCAGUGACUUUCCUCACGUGCGGGACUUCAUGAUCAAUGUGGUCAAUCUGCUGGAUGUACGUCCUGACAGAGUGCAGAUUGGUCUCCUCCAGUUUGCAGAGGUUCCAAAAAUUGAAUUUUAUCUGAACAGCUAUGGCACCAGGCAAGACGUUGUGAAUAGAAUCACUCAACUCAGGCCAACUGGAGGCUCACUUCUGAACACUGGCGCUGCCAUGCAAUAUGCCCUUACCAACAUGUUCCAGACAUCAACUGGGUCUCGGCGGAGACAGGGUGUCCAGCAGGUGCUGGUGCUUAUUACAGGUGGUCCAGCCCAGGAUCAGAUUAGAACUGUAGCUGAUAAAUUGGCUCUGGCUGGUGUUUUGACCUUCACAGUCAGUUCUGGACAAGCGGAUGAGGCUGUCCUCAGAACUGUGGCCUUUGUCCCAGAUUUGGCUUACCACGAAGGGCGAUUCUCUAAUUUACCAGCUUUAGCUGAUCAAAUCAUGCCAAAGUUGAUAACAGUGGUUGGUGAUACAGAUGUGACAACAAUCCCCGAAGAAACUGUCACCGGAGUUGAGAGGGAUGUUGCCUUCCUCAUUGAUGGCACAGACAACGUUAGAGCAGACUUUCCCUACAUCCGGGAUUUUAUCAUUAAAGUUAUUGAGCCACUUGACAUUGGAGCUGACAAAGUACGAGUUUCUGUGGUUCAACACAGUGAGAGGCCAACCCCAAGUUUCUACCUUAACACGUACCAAAACAAAGAUGAGGUGAUUAGAGCUGUCAAUGAAAUGAGACUGUCUGGUGGACGUAGUCUGAACACGGGAUCAGCUCUGAGAUAUAUGAAAGACACCAUUUUGUCUGAAAGGCAUGGUAGCCGGGCUGCCAGACAGGUCCCUCAGUUUCUGAUUGUUCUGACUGGAAGCAGAUCCAGGGACAAUGUAAAGGAUCCUGCUGGUGCACUGAAGACAGAUGGAGUGGUACCAUUUGGUGUUGGUGUUAAGGAUGCAGAUCCGAAGCAGAUCCAGGCAAUUUCACACAACCCUUCCUUUGCCUUCAAUGUGAGAGAGUUCAGUGAGCUGAGCACUGUCCCACAAAGGCUCAAUAACUAUGUGAGCCUGCCAAAGGAACAGCUGUUGGUUGUGCUUCAGGAAGGAAGCUAUAAGAGAGACGUAGUGUUUCUUGUUGAUGGGUCGGAUGACUCCAGAAAUGGGCUCCCAGCUAUCCGAGAGUUCAUCAGAAGAAUGGUGGAAGAGCUGGACAUUGAUGAAGACAAGUAUAGCAGUGAACCACAGACAGACUUCAGUUUAAACACAUACACAGAAAAACAAGACGUUCUUGAUGCUGUCCGAGGGCUGAACCAUAGAGGGGGUAUCCCUCUCAAUACUGGAGUGGCUCUUGACUAUGUGAGGAAUAAUGUUUUCACCGACUCUUCUGGAAGUCGACAUCAAGAAGGUGUGCCUCAGAUACUGAUUUUGUUAAGUGGGGGAAAAUCCCGAGAUGAUGUAGCAAGUGCAGCUGCAGCUCUAAAGCAGGACAAAGUGAUUCCAUUCUGUAUAGAUGAGAUGCACAAUGACUUUCAGGCAGUCAUUGGCUUUGUUGAGAAAACAGUGGAGAAACUCAAUGUGCAUGAGGACCAUGAUCGUGUUUCAGUGGUGCAGUACAGUCGGGAGCCCUCUGUAGAGUUCUUUUUGAACACAUACAAAACUCAGCAAACAGUUGCCGAAGCUGUUCAAAGUCUGGGACAUAAAGGAGGCAGUCCACUUAAUACUGGGGUGGCCCUUCAGUAUGUUAAGGAUUAUGUGUUCACUGCCAAUUCUGGAAGUAGGCACCAGCAGGGUGUCCCUCAGAUUUUGAUUGUCGUAAUGGGAGGGCGAUCCAGUGAUGAUUUCCAAAGUGCAAUAGAACACCUGAAAGGAAUGGGUGUCGUUGUAUUUGUGGUGGGAACAAAGAAUGCAGAUACACUUGAGAUUCAGACUAUUUCACAAAAACCUCAUCUUGCCAUCUUUGAGGCAGAUUUGAAUGAUGUUUCAGGCAUCGAACAACUCAUAUUCUCAACCACAAAGAACAUAGAAACUGUCAAAGGUGCCCAUCCAGUAUCAUAUGAUACCAACAGAAGAGAUGUUGUCUUUCUGCUUGAUGGUUCUACUGAUUCCCAACGAAGAUUCCCAGAUAUUAAAGACUUUGUGCAAAGGAUAGUGUCUGAACUUAACAUUGGCACAAACAAAGAUCACGUGGCUGUGGCUCAGUACAGUGACACGGCACAAAUUAACUUUAACUUGAUGAGUUACUUCACAGAAGAUGAAGUUCUCGAUGCUUUGUUGUCAGCUAUUGCAUCUCACAAAGACGCCAGCAGUUCAGGUGUUGGUUUAAGUUCGAGUGUUAAAAAAGAUAUUGUCUUUCUCAUUGAUGGAUCGGAUGAUGUCAGGAGUAAAUUCUCUUCUAUACGUGAAUUUGUGGCAAAAGUGGUUGACACACUUGAUGUGGACCAAGGAAAAGAUAAAGUUGCUGUUAUACAGUACAGCAACAAUGCUGAACAGAGUUUCAGUCUGAAUACCUACAACAAAAAAGAUGAUAUCCUGAAGCACAUUGCAAGACUGAAACCAAAAGGUGGAAGGCCUCAUUAUAUUGGAGCAGCGCUACAGUUUGUGUUGGAAAAGGUCUUUGUCUCAAAUGCUGGAGGUCGAAAGCUUGAAGGUGCUAAGCAGAUACUUGUCAUAUUGGCUGGUGGAAGAUCAAGAGACUCUCCACGAGGCCCAGCAAACAUGCUUAAGACUGAGGGAGUUGUCACAUUUGCAGUUGGAUCUCGGGCAUCAAAUACAGCUGAGAUGAAUCUUAUUUCCUCUGACCCAAACUACACCUAUUCAGUUCCUGAUUUUGUAAAUCUUGCUCAGAUUCAACACAGUUUGGUGAGAAAUCUUGCUCAGUUCCAAGUAGAGGAGGAAACAAAAGAAGCGGAGAGACAGCCCACAGGAAGGGAUGUUGUGUUCUUGUUGGACGGAUCGGAUGGUACUAGAACCGAGUUCCCAGCUGUGCGAGACUUUGUCCAGAGAAUGGUGGACACACUCAGUGUGGAUGACAGCAGAGACCGUGUGGCAGUGGUUCAGUACAGCAGAGACGCAGCUGUCCAGUUCUAUCUGAACACUUACACCACAAAGGCCGAGAUCCUUGACACUGUCAGAGGCUUGAGGCACAAAGGCGGAAGACCCCUCUACACCGGAGCAGCUCUCCAGUACGUGAGGGACAAUGUCUUCACCGCCUCUGCCGGGAGCAGGCGCCUGGAGGGAGUUCCACAGGUGCUAAUACUGCUAAGCGGCGCAAGGUCCGUCGACAGUGUCGAUGCGCCAGCCUCUGCUCUCAAACAGCUGGGUGUCUUGACCUUUGCAAUUGGAACCAGGAACGCUGAUAAGAGAGAAAUGCAGAAGAUAGCCCACGAGCCCACACAUGCUGUGUCUGUGUCUGAGUUCAAUGACCUCCCCAAUGUCCAGCAGCAACUUCAGUCCUCUGUGGAGGCUGUGAUUGUUGAGGUCACCCCAGAAACACCAACUGCACCUGUUGACGCUCCCAAAAAGGAUAUCGUAUUCCUUCUGGAUGGUUCUGAUGCCACAAGGAAUGGCUUCCCUGCCAUGCGUGAUUUCGUUGAGAGAGUGGUGGAAAAACUCAAUGUAGGGGAAAACAAAGACCGUGUCUCUGUGGUCCAGUACAGCAGGGAGCCAGAGGUCCAUUUCUAUCUGAACACAUACAACACCAGAGCUGAUAUUGUGGACACGGUCAGAGGGCUGAGACACAGAGGGGGCAGAACCCUCAACACCGGGGCCGCCCUCCAGUAUGUCAGGGACAACGUCUUUACAAACUCCUCCGGGAGUCGGCGCCUGCAAGGCGUUCCACAGAUGUUGAUCCUGCUGAAUGGUGGAAGGUCUUACGAUAAUGUCGAUGCCCCAGCCUCUGCGCUCAAACAGCAGGGCAUCGUUGUGAUUGGCAUUGGAGCGGGCAGGGCUGACAGUGCAGAGAUGCAAAAGAUAUCAUCUGACCCCACAUACGCUCUAUCAGUGUCUGAGUUGACUGACCUCCCCAGUGUCCACGAACAGCUCUCGUCUGUAAUGAGCACAGUGCUGGUGCGGGCCACGCCCAUCACACCAACAGUAACCGCGGAGAGACAGCCCACAGGAAGGGAUGUUGUGUUCUUGUUGGACGGAUCGGAUGGUACUAGAACCGAGUUCCCAGCUGUGCGAGACUUUGUCCAGAGAAUGGUGGACACACUCAGUGUGGAUGACAGCAGAGACCGUGUGGCAGUGGUUCAGUACAGCAGAGACGCAGCUGUCCAGUUCUAUCUGAACACUUACACCACAAAGGCCGAGAUCCUUGACACUGUCAGAGGCUUGAGGCACAAAGGCGGAAGACCCCUCUACACCGGAGCAGCUCUCCAGUACGUGAGGGACAAUGUCUUCACCGCCUCUGCCGGGAGCAGGCGCCUGGAGGGAGUUCCACAGGUGCUAAUACUGCUAAGCGGCGCAAGGUCCGUCGACAGUGUCGAUGCGCCAGCCUCUGCUCUCAAACAGCUGGGUGUCUUGACCUUUGCAAUUGGAACCAGGAACGCUGAUAAGAGAGAAAUGCAGAAGAUAGCCCACGAGCCCACACAUGCUGUGUCUGUGUUUGAGUUCAAUGACCUCCCCAAUGUCCAGCAGCAACUUCAGUCCUCUGUGGAGGCUGUGAUUGUUGAGGUCACCCCAGAAACACCAACUGCACCUGUUGACGCUCCCAAAAAGGAUAUCGUAUUCCUUCUGGAUGGUUCUGAUGCCACAAGGAAUGGCUUCCCUGCCAUGCGUGAUUUCGUUGAGAGAGUGGUGGAAAAACUCAAUGUAGGGGAAAACAAAGACCGUGUCUCUGUGGUCCAGUACAGCAGGGAGCCAGAGGUCCAUUUCUAUCUGAACACAUACAACACCAGAGCUGAUAUUGUGGACACGGUCAGAGGGCUGAGACACAGAGGGGGCAGAACCCUCAACACCGGGGCCGCCCUCCAGUAUGUCAGGGACAACGUCUUUACAAACUCCUCCGGGAGUCGGCGCCUGCAAGGCGUUCCACAGAUGUUGAUCCUGCUGAAUGGUGGAAGGUCUUACGAUAAUGUCGAUGCCCCAGCCUCUGCGCUCAAACAGCAGGGCAUCGUUGUGAUUGGCAUUGGAGCGGGCAGGGCUGACAGUGCAGAGAUGCAAAAGAUAUCAUCUGACCCCACAUACGCUCUAUCAGUGUCUGAGUUGACUGACCUCCCCAGUGUCCACGAACAGCUCUCGUCUGUAAUGAGCACAGUGCUGGUGCGGGCCACGCCCAUCACACCAACAGUAACCGCGGAGAGACAGCCCACAGGAAGGGAUGUUGUGUUCUUGUUGGACGGAUCGGAUGGUACUAGAACCGAGUUCCCAGCUGUGCGAGACUUUGUCCAGAGAAUGGUGGACACACUCAGUGUGGAUGACAGCAGAGACCGUGUGGCAGUGGUUCAGUACAGCAGAGACGCAGCUGUCCAGUUCUAUCUGAACACUUACACCACAAAGGCCGAGAUCCUUGACACUGUCAGAGGCUUGAGGCACAAAGGCGGAAGACCCCUCUACACCGGAGCAGCUCUCCAGUACGUGAGGGACAAUGUCUUCACCGCCUCUGCCGGGAGCAGGCGCCUGGAGGGAGUUCCACAGGUGCUAAUACUGCUAAGCGGCGCAAGGUCCGUCGACAGUGUCGAUGCGCCAGCCUCUGCUCUCAAACAGCUGGGUGUCUUGACCUUUGCAAUUGGAACCAGGAACGCUGAUAAGAGAGAAAUGCAGAAGAUAGCCCACGAGCCCACACAUGCUGUGUCUGUGUCUGAGUUCAAUGACCUCCCCAAUGUCCAGCAGCAACUUCAGUCCUCUGUGGAGGCUGUGAUUGUUGAGGUCACCCCAGAAACACCAACUGCACCUGUUGACGCUCCCAAAAAGGAUAUCGUAUUCCUUCUGGAUGGUUCUGAUGCCACAAGGAAUGGCUUCCCUGCCAUGCGUGAUUUCGUUGAGAGAGUGGUGGAAAAACUCAAUGUAGGGGAAAACAAAGACCGUGUCUCUGUGGUCCAGUACAGCAGGGAGCCAGAGGUCCAUUUCUAUCUGAACACAUACAACACCAGAGCUGAUAUUGUGGACACGGUCAGAGGGCUGAGACACAGAGGGGGCAGAACCCUCAACACCGGGGCCGCCCUCCAGUAUGUCAGGGACAACGUCUUUACAAACUCCUCCGGGAGUCGGCGCCUGCAAGGCGUUCCACAGAUGUUGAUCCUGCUGAAUGGUGGAAGGUCUUACGAUAAUGUCGAUGCCCCAGCCUCUGCGCUCAAACAGCAGGGCAUCGUUGUGAUUGGCAUUGGAGCGGGCAGGGCUGACAGUGCAGAGAUGCAAAAGAUAUCAUCUGACCCCACAUACGCUCUAUCAGUGUCUGAGUUGACUGACCUCCCCAGUGUCCACGAACAGCUCUCGUCUGUAAUGAGCACAGUGCUGGUGCGGGCCACGCCCAUCACACCAACAGUAACCGCGGAGAGACAGCCCACAGGAAGGGAUGUUGUGUUCUUGUUGGACGGAUCGGAUGGUACUAGAACCGAGUUCCCAGCUGUGCGAGACUUUGUCCAGAGAAUGGUGGACACACUCAGUGUGGAUGACAGCAGAGACCGUGUGGCAGUGGUUCAGUACAGCAGAGACGCAGCUGUCCAGUUCUAUCUGAACACUUACACCACAAAGGCCGAGAUCCUUGACACUGUCAGAGGCUUGAGGCACAAAGGCGGAAGACCCCUCUACACCGGAGCAGCUCUCCAGUACGUGAGGGACAAUGUCUUCACCGCCUCUGCCGGGAGCAGGCGCCUGGAGGGAGUUCCACAGGUGCUAAUACUGCUAAGCGGCGCAAGGUCCGUCGACAGUGUCGAUGCGCCAGCCUCUGCUCUCAAACAGCUGGGUGUCUUGACCUUUGCAAUUGGAACCAGGAACGCUGAUAAGAGAGAAAUGCAGAAGAUAGCCCACGAGCCCACACAUGCUGUGUCUGUGUCUGAGUUCAAUGACCUCCCCAAUGUCCAGCAGCAACUUCAGUCCUCUGUGGAGGCUGUGAUUGUUGAGGUCACCCCAGAAACACCAACUGCACCUGUUGACGCUCCCAAAAAGGAUAUCGUAUUCCUUCUGGAUGCUUCUGAUGCCACAAGGAAUGGCUUCCCUGCCAUGCGUGAUUUCGUUGAGAGAGUGGUGGAAAAACUCAAUGUAGGGGAAAACAAAGACCGUGUCUCUGUGGUCCAGUACAGCAGGGAGCCAGAGGUCCAUUUCUAUCUGAACACAUACAACACCAGAGCUGAUAUUGUGGACACGGUCAGAGGGCUGAGACACAGAGGGGGCAGAACCCUCAACACCGGGGCCGCCCUCCAGUAUGUCAGGGACAACGUCUUUACAAACUCCUCCGGGAGUCGGCGCCUGCAAGGCGUUCCACAGAUGUUGAUCCUGCUGAAUGGUGGAAGGUCUUACGAUAAUGUCGAUGCCCCAGCCUCUGCGCUCAAACAGCAGGGCAUCGUUGUGAUUGGCAUUGGAGCGGGCAGGGCUGACAGUGCAGAGAUGCAAAAGAUAUCAUCUGACCCCACAUACGCUCUAUCAGUGUCUGAGUUGACUGACCUCCCCAGUGUCCACGAACAGCUCUCGUCUGUAAUGAGCACAGUGCUGGUGCGGGCCACGCCCAUCACACCAACAGUAACCGCGGAGAGACAGCCCACAGGAAGGGAUGUUGUGUUCUUGUUGGACGGAUCGGAUGGUACUAGAACCGAGUUCCCAGCUGUGCGAGACUUUGUCCAGAGAAUGGUGGACACACUCAGUGUGGAUGACAGCAGAGACCGUGUGGCAGUGGUUCAGUACAGCAGAGACGCAGCUGUCCAGUUCUAUCUGAACACUUACACCACAAAGGCCGAGAUCCUUGACACUGUCAGAGGCUUGAGGCACAAAGGCGGAAGACCCCUCUACACCGGAGCAGCUCUCCAGUACGUGAGGGACAAUGUCUUCACCGCCUCUGCCGGGAGCAGGCGCCUGGAGGGAGUUCCACAGGUGCUAAUACUGCUAAGCGGCGCAAGGUCCGUCGACAGUGUCGAUGCGCCAGCCUCUGCUCUCAAACAGCUGGGUGUCUUGACCUUUGCAAUUGGAACCAGGAACGCUGAUAAGAGAGAAAUGCAGAAGAUAGCCCACGAGCCCACACAUGCUGUGUCUGUGUCUGAGUUCAAUGACCUCCCCAAUGUCCAGCAGCAACUUCAGUCCUCUGUGGAGGCUGUGAUUGUUGAGGUCACCCCAGAAACACCAACUGCACCUGUUGACGCUCCCAAAAAGGAUAUCGUAUUCCUUCUGGAUGGUUCUGAUGCCACAAGGAAUGGCUUCCCUGCCAUGCGUGAUUUCGUUGAGAGAGUGGUGGAAAAACUCAAUGUAGGGGAAAACAAAGACCGUGUCUCUGUGGUCCAGUACAGCAGGGAGCCAGAGGUCCAUUUCUAUCUGAACACAUACAACACCAGAGCUGAUAUUGUGGACACGGUCAGAGGGCUGAGACACAGAGGGGGCAGAACCCUCAACACCGGGGCCGCCCUCCAGUAUGUCAGGGACAACGUCUUUACAAACUCCUCCGGGAGUCGGCGCCUGCAAGGCGUUCCACAGAUGUUGAUCCUGCUGAAUGGUGGAAGGUCUUACGAUAAUGUCGAUGCCCCAGCCUCUGCGCUCAAACAGCAGGGCAUCGUUGUGAUUGGCAUUGGAGCGGGCAGGGCUGACAGUGCAGAGAUGCAAAAGAUAUCAUCUGACCCCACAUACGCUCUAUCAGUGUCUGAGUUGACUGACCUCCCCAGUGUCCACGAACAGCUCUCGUCUGUAAUGAGCACAGUGCUGGUGCGGGCCACGCCCAUCACACCAACAGUAACCGCGGAGAGACAGCCCACAGGAAGGGAUGUUGUGUUCUUGUUGGACGGAUCGGAUGGUACUAGAACCGAGUUCCCAGCUGUGCGAGACUUUGUCCAGAGAAUGGUGGACACACUCAGUGUGGAUGACAGCAGAGACCGUGUGGCAGUGGUUCAGUACAGCAGAGACGCAGCUGUCCAGUUCUAUCUGAACACUUACACCACAAAGGCCGAGAUCCUUGACACUGUCAGAGGCUUGAGGCACAAAGGCGGAAGACCCCUCUACACCGGAGCAGCUCUCCAGUACGUGAGGGACAAUGUCUUCACCGCCUCUGCCGGGAGCAGGCGCCUGGAGGGAGUUCCACAGGUGCUAAUACUGCUAAGCGGCGCAAGGUCCGUCGACAGUGUCGAUGCGCCAGCCUCUGCUCUCAAACAGCUGGGUGUCUUGACCUUUGCAAUUGGAACCAGGAACGCUGAUAAGAGAGAAAUGCAGAAGAUAGCCCACGAGCCCACACAUGCUGUGUCUGUGUCUGAGUUCAAUGACCUCCCCAAUGUCCAGCAGCAACUUCAGUCCUCUGUGGAGGCUGUGAUUGUUGAGGUCACCCCAGAAACACCAACUGCACCUGUUGACGCUCCCAAAAAGGAUAUCGUAUUCCUUCUGGAUGGCUCUGAUGCCACAAGGAAUGGCUUCCCUGCCAUGCGUGAUUUCGUUGAGAGAGUGGUGGAAAAACUCAAUGUAGGGGAAAACAAAGACCGUGUCUCUGUGGUCCAGUACAGCAGGGAGCCAGAGGUCCAUUUCUAUCUGAACACAUACAACACCAGAGCUGAUAUUGUGGACACGGUCAGAGGGCUGAGACACAGAGGGGGCAGAACCCUCAACACCGGGGCCGCCCUCCAGUAUGUCAGGGACAACGUCUUUACAAACUCCUCCGGGAGUCGGCGCCUGCAAGGCGUUCCACAGAUGUUGAUCCUGCUGAAUGGUGGAAGGUCUUACGAUAAUGUCGAUGCCCCAGCCUCUGCGCUCAAACAGCAGGGCAUCGUUGUGAUUGGCAUUGGAGCGGGCAGGGCUGACAGUGCAGAGAUGCAAAAGAUAUCAUCUGACCCCACAUACGCUCUAUCAGUGUCUGAGUUGACUGACCUCCCCAGUGUCCACGAACAGCUCUCGUCUGUAAUGAGCACAGUGCUGGUGCGGGCCACGCCCAUCACACCAACAGUAACCGCGGAGAGACAGCCCACAGGAAGGGAUGUUGUGUUCUUGUUGGACGGAUCGGAUGGUACUAGAACCGAGUUCCCAGCUGUGCGAGACUUUGUCCAGAGAAUGGUGGACACACUCAGUGUGGAUGACAGCAGAGACCGUGUGGCAGUGGUUCAGUACAGCAGAGACGCAGCUGUCCAGUUCUAUCUGAACACUUACACCACAAAGGCCGAGAUCCUUGACACUGUCAGAGGCUUGAGGCACAAAGGCGGAAGACCCCUCUACACCGGAGCAGCUCUCCAGUACGUGAGGGACAAUGUCUUCACCGCCUCUGCCGGGAGCAGGCGCCUGGAGGGAGUUCCACAGGUGCUAAUACUGCUAAGCGGCGCAAGGUCCGUCGACAGUGUCGAUGCGCCAGCCUCUGCUCUCAAACAGCUGGGUGUCUUGACCUUUGCAAUUGGAACCAGGAACGCUGAUAAGAGAGAAAUGCAGAAGAUAGCCCACGAGCCCACACAUGCUGUGUCUGUGUCUGAGUUCAAUGACCUCCCCAAUGUCCAGCAGCAACUUCAGUCCUCUGUGGAGGCUGUGAUUGUUGAGGUCACCCCAGAAACACCAACUGCACCUGUUGACGCUCCCAAAAAGGAUAUCGUAUUCCUUCUGGAUGGUUCUGAUGCCACAAGGAAUGGCUUCCCUGCCAUGCGUGAUUUCGUUGAGAGAGUGGUGGAAAAACUCAAUGUAGGGGAAAACAAAGACCGUGUCUCUGUGGUCCAGUACAGCAGGGAGCCAGAGGUCCAUUUCUAUCUGAACACAUACAACACCAGAGCUGAUAUUGUGGACACGGUCAGAGGGCUGAGACACAGAGGGGGCAGAACCCUCAACACCGGGGCCGCCCUCCAGUAUGUCAGGGACAACGUCUUUACAAACUCCUCCGGGAGUCGGCGCCUGCAAGGCGUUCCACAGAUGUUGAUCCUGCUGAAUGGUGGAAGGUCUUACGAUAAUGUCGAUGCCCCAGCCUCUGCGCUCAAACAGCAGGGCAUCGUUGUGAUUGGCAUUGGAGCGGGCAGGGCUGACAGUGCAGAGAUGCAAAAGAUAUCAUCUGACCCCACAUACGCUCUAUCAGUGUCUGAGUUGACUGACCUCCCCAGUGUCCACGAACAGCUCUCGUCUGUAAUGAGCACAGUGCUGGUGCGGGCCACGCCCAUCACACCAACAGUAACCGCGGAGAGACAGCCCACAGGAAGGGAUGUUGUGUUCUUGUUGGACGGAUCGGAUGGUACUAGAACCGAGUUCCCAGCUGUGCGAGACUUUGUCCAGAGAAUGGUGGACACACUCAGUGUGGAUGACAGCAGAGACCGUGUGGCAGUGGUUCAGUACAGCAGAGACGCAGCUGUCCAGUUCUAUCUGAACACUUACACCACAAAGGCCGAGAUCCUUGACACUGUCAGAGGCUUGAGGCACAAAGGCGGAAGACCCCUCUACACCGGAGCAGCUCUCCAGUACGUGAGGGACAAUGUCUUCACCGCCUCUGCCGGGAGCAGGCGCCUGGAGGGAGUUCCACAGGUGCUAAUACUGCUAAGCGGCGCAAGGUCCGUCGACAGUGUCGAUGCGCCAGCCUCUGCUCUCAAACAGCUGGGUGUCUUGACCUUUGCAAUUGGAACCAGGAACGCUGAUAAGAGAGAAAUGCAGAAGAUAGCCCACGAGCCCACACAUGCUGUGUCUGUGUCUGAGUUCAAUGACCUCCCCAAUGUCCAGCAGCAACUUCAGUCCUCUGUGGAGGCUGUGAUUGUUGAGGUCACCCCAGAAACACCAACUGCACCUGUUGACGCUCCCAAAAAGGAUAUCGUAUUCCUUCUGGAUGGUUCUGAUGCCACAAGGAAUGGCUUCCCUGCCAUGCGUGAUUUCGUUGAGAGAGUGGUGGAAAAACUCAAUGUAGGGGAAAACAAAGACCGUGUCUCUGUGGUCCAGUACAGCAGGGAGCCAGAGGUCCAUUUCUAUCUGAACACAUACAACACCAGAGCUGAUAUUGUGGACACGGUCAGAGGGCUGAGACACAGAGGGGGCAGAACCCUCAACACCGGGGCCGCCCUCCAGUAUGUCAGGGACAACGUCUUUACAAACUCCUCCGGGAGUCGGCGCCUGCAAGGCGUUCCACAGAUGUUGAUCCUGCUGAAUGGUGGAAGGUCUUACGAUAAUGUCGAUGCCCCAGCCUCUGCGCUCAAACAGCAGGGCAUCGUUGUGAUUGGCAUUGGAGCGGGCAGGGCUGACAGUGCAGAGAUGCAAAAGAUAUCAUCUGACCCCACAUACGCUCUAUCAGUGUCUGAGUUGACUGACCUCCCCAGUGUCCACGAACAGCUCUCGUCUGUAAUGAGCACAGUGCUGGUGCGGGCCACGCCCAUCACACCAACAGUAACCGCGGAGAGACAGCCCACAGGAAGGGAUGUUGUGUUCUUGUUGGACGGAUCGGAUGGUACUAGAACCGAGUUCCCAGCUGUGCGAGACUUUGUCCAGAGAAUGGUGGACACACUCAGUGUGGAUGACAGCAGAGACCGUGUGGCAGUGGUUCAGUACAGCAGAGACGCAGCUGUCCAGUUCUAUCUGAACACUUACACCACAAAGGCCGAGAUCCUUGACACUGUCAGAGGCUUGAGGCACAAAGGCGGAAGACCCCUCUACACCGGAGCAGCUCUCCAGUACGUGAGGGACAAUGUCUUCACCGCCUCUGCCGGGAGCAGGCGCCUGGAGGGAGUUCCACAGGUGCUAAUACUGCUAAGCGGCGCAAGGUCCGUCGACAGUGUCGAUGCGCCAGCCUCUGCUCUCAAACAGCUGGGUGUCUUGACCUUUGCAAUUGGAACCAGGAACGCUGAUAAGAGAGAAAUGCAGAAGAUAGCCCACGAGCCCACACAUGCUGUGUCUGUGUCUGAGUUCAAUGACCUCCCCAAUGUCCAGCAGCAACUUCAGUCCUCUGUGGAGGCUGUGAUUGUUGAGGUCACCCCAGAAACACCAACUGCACCUGUUGACGCUCCCAAAAAGGAUAUCGUAUUCCUUCUGGAUGGUUCUGAUGCCACAAGGAAUGGCUUCCCUGCCAUGCGUGAUUUCGUUGAGAGAGUGGUGGAAAAACUCAAUGUAGGGGAAAACAAAGACCGUGUCUCUGUGGUCCAGUACAGCAGGGAGCCAGAGGUCCAUUUCUAUCUGAACACAUACAACACCAGAGCUGAUAUUGUGGACACGGUCAGAGGGCUGAGACACAGAGGGGGCAGAACCCUCAACACCGGGGCCGCCCUCCAGUAUGUCAGGGACAACGUCUUUACAAACUCCUCCGGGAGUCGGCGCCUGCAAGGCGUUCCACAGAUGUUGAUCCUGCUGAAUGGUGGAAGGUCUUACGAUAAUGUCGAUGCCCCAGCCUCUGCGCUCAAACAGCAGGGCAUCGUUGUGAUUGGCAUUGGAGCGGGCAGGGCUGACAGUGCAGAGAUGCAAAAGAUAUCAUCUGACCCCACAUACGCUCUAUCAGUGUCUGAGUUGACUGACCUCCCCAGUGUCCACGAACAGCUCUCGUCUGUAAUGAGCACAGUGCUGGUGCGGGCCACGCCCAUCACACCAACAGUAACCGCGGAGAGACAGCCCACAGGAAGGGAUGUUGUGUUCUUGUUGGACGGAUCGGAUGGUACUAGAACCGAGUUCCCAGCUGUGCGAGACUUUGUCCAGAGAAUGGUGGACACACUCAGUGUGGAUGACAGCAGAGACCGUGUGGCAGUGGUUCAGUACAGCAGAGACGCAGCUGUCCAGUUCUAUCUGAACACUUACACCACAAAGGCCGAGAUCCUUGACACUGUCAGAGGCUUGAGGCACAAAGGCGGAAGACCCCUCUACACCGGAGCAGCUCUCCAGUACGUGAGGGACAAUGUCUUCACCGCCUCUGCCGGGAGCAGGCGCCUGGAGGGAGUUCCACAGGUGCUAAUACUGCUAAGCGGCGCAAGGUCCGUCGACAGUGUCGAUGCGCCAGCCUCUGCUCUCAAACAGCUGGGUGUCUUGACCUUUGCAAUUGGAACCAGGAACGCUGAUAAGAGAGAAAUGCAGAAGAUAGCCCACGAGCCCACACAUGCUGUGUCUGUGUCUGAGUUCAAUGACCUCCCCAAUGUCCAGCAGCAACUUCAGUCCUCUGUGGAGGCUGUGAUUGUUGAGGUCACCCCAGAAACACCAACUGCACCUGUUGACGCUCCCAAAAAGGAUAUCGUAUUCCUUCUGGAUGGUUCUGAUGCCACAAGGAAUGGCUUCCCUGCCAUGCGUGAUUUCGUUGAGAGAGUGGUGGAAAAACUCAAUGUAGGGGAAAACAAAGACCGUGUCUCUGUGGUCCAGUACAGCAGGGAGCCAGAGGUCCAUUUCUAUCUGAACACAUACAACACCAGAGCUGAUAUUGUGGACACGGUCAGAGGGCUGAGACACAGAGGGGGCAGAACCCUCAACACCGGGGCCGCCCUCCAGUAUGUCAGGGACAACGUCUUUACAAACUCCUCCGGGAGUCGGCGCCUGCAAGGCGUUCCACAGAUGUUGAUCCUGCUGAAUGGUGGAAGGUCUUACGAUAAUGUCGAUGCCCCAGCCUCUGCGCUCAAACAGCAGGGCAUCGUUGUGAUUGGCAUUGGAGCGGGCAGGGCUGACAGUGCAGAGAUGCAAAAGAUAUCAUCUGACCCCACAUACGCUCUAUCAGUGUCUGAGUUGACUGACCUCCCCAGUGUCCACGAACAGCUCUCGUCUGUAAUGAGCACAGUGCUGGUGCGGGCCACGCCCAUCACACCAACAGUAACCGCGGAGAGACAGCCCACAGGAAGGGAUGUUGUGUUCUUGUUGGACGGAUCGGAUGGUACUAGAACCGAGUUCCCAGCUGUGCGAGACUUUGUCCAGAGAAUGGUGGACACACUCAGUGUGGAUGACAGCAGAGACCGUGUGGCAGUGGUUCAGUACAGCAGAGACGCAGCUGUCCAGUUCUAUCUGAACACUUACACCACAAAGGCCGAGAUCCUUGACACUGUCAGAGGCUUGAGGCACAAAGGCGGAAGACCCCUCUACACCGGAGCAGCUCUCCAGUACGUGAGGGACAAUGUCUUCACCGCCUCUGCCGGGAGCAGGCGCCUGGAGGGAGUUCCACAGGUGCUAAUACUGCUAAGCGGCGCAAGGUCCGUCGACAGUGUCGAUGCGCCAGCCUCUGCUCUCAAACAGCUGGGUGUCUUGACCUUUGCAAUUGGAACCAGGAACGCUGAUAAGAGAGAAAUGCAGAAGAUAGCCCACGAGCCCACACAUGCUGUGUCUGUGUCUGAGUUCAAUGACCUCCCCAAUGUCCAGCAGCAACUUCAGUCCUCUGUGGAGGCUGUGAUUGUUGAGGUCACCCCAGAAACACCAACUGCACCUGUUGACGCUCCCAAAAAGGAUAUCGUAUUCCUUCUGGAUGGUUCUGAUGCCACAAGGAAUGGCUUCCCUGCCAUGCGUGAUUUCGUUGAGAGAGUGGUGGAAAAACUCAAUGUAGGGGAAAACAAAGACCGUGUCUCUGUGGUCCAGUACAGCAGGGAGCCAGAGGUCCAUUCUAUCUGA